AUGACCGUCGAACAUCCUCAUGAUGUCUACAACACAGUCAAUCUGGUGACACAGGCACUAUGCAUUCCGAUUUGCACAGCCUUCGUGGUCUUGCGAUUCUACACGCGGUUGCGCUUCAAGCAGAACCUGGGCCUGGAGGAUUGGGGAUGUCUCACAGCCUGGGCGCUCUUCAUGGGAUACUGCGGAGUUAGUAUUCUCGUCGGAAAACAUGGAGGAGGAUACCACAGCACGGACGUCAGCGGACCGGAACAAAUCUUAUUCAAAAAGUUCUGUUAUAUCGCCACCAUUCUUUACUGCCCGAUGGCUCUUUUCGUGAAAAUCGCCCUCCUUUCCAUCCUCACGCGCAUCUUCUCUCCUUACCGCGGCAAAGUCUGGUUCAUCUACAUCUUCCUGGGCUGCCUCUGCACGUACUAUCUCGUCGCUCUGAUCGUCAAAAUUCGCAUGUGCGAUCCCAUUCCUUAUUACUGGCUAGGCGACGAGCUGGAAGGUGGUGGUACCUGUCUCGACCAGACCGCUGCCUUGAUCGCCGAUUCGGUCAUCAGUCUUGUUAGCGAUAUUAUUAUCCUCAUUCUGCCAUUGCCGUUGACAUGGUCUUUGCAAAUGUCUCGCAACAAAAAGUUGCGCGUCAUUGGUCUGCUUAGUGCCGGUGGUCUAGCCACAGCCUUCAGUUUGUAUCGACUUGUUUUGGUGCUGAGAGACGGCAAGUCGGCAGAUCAGACCAUCGUCUUCAUGUGUGUCAUUCUAUCUGGCAACGCGGAGGGUGGUGUCGGCCUGAUCUGUGCUUGUCUUCCCGUCUUGAACGUUCUCCUGGCGCACUACAAGAAAGAGUACUCAUCACAGAAGUACUAUGCGCACGGUUCCGAUAUGCAUCUCGGUGAUCGUUCCCAGGGCAGCAAAGCCGCUACCCGAUGGGAGAAUGCGCCCAACUUUGGUGACGAGAGUCAUCUGGUCUCUUAUGCCGUUACGCCGGCAACUAACGAGUCGAUCCACAACGUCGAUGGCAUCCGCAAGACGGUCGCCGUGGAACAAACAGUGGAGAGCGCGAGUAAUGAUAGCGGGAGUCGCUGA